AUAACGGUCCCAGCACCGGCGCACGGCCGUAGUGGGGCAAUGGUUCGGCAGCCAGUUUAUUGUUAUACACGAACGAAACAGACAGUGUUGCGUUUUUUUCCAUGAACAUAUAAGUUUUUAAAAUAUUCUAAGUCUAUCUUAAAGUUAUAAGAAAUGUCUGUACCAAAAUAUUUCGAGUUAGAAGAUGGAGACCGUUUGCCACGCAUUGGAUUCGGAACUUGGCAGGCUCCACCAGAUGUCCUCGAAAAAGCAGUGGACGCAGCAUUAGAGGCUGGAUAUCGGCAUUUCGACUCAGCUCGCGCCUACGAGAAUGAGGACGCUCUUGGCCGAGCUCUCAACCGUUGGAUCGGAGGAGAUGCUGCUAAGAGAAAGGAGUUGUUUGUUGUGACUAAACUGCCACCAUCAGGCAAUCGGCCAGAAUCAGUGGAGGAAUAUUUUGAGGCAUCACGUCGCGACCUUGGAUUAGACUACAUUGACUUGUACCUAAUACACGUUCCGUUUGCCUUCGAACACGUGCCUGGGGACCUGCAUCCCAAAAACCCAGACGGAAGUAUGAAGAUGGAUUAUUCAACCGACCUUGUCGGUGUGUGGAAGGAAGUGCUCAAGUUAAAGAAAUCCGGUCGUGUCCGCCACGUUGGGGUUUCUAAUAUGAACGAGGAGCAGCUAAGCAGAUUGUGCGCUGUUGAGAAACCGGCUUGCUUGCAAGUCGAAGUGCACGUAUUGUUCCAACAGAAAAAACUGAUCGCCGCUACCAAACAACUUGGGAUACCGAUCGUAGCUUACUCUCCCUUGGGUUCGAAGGCUCUAGCUGAUGUAUUAGCCGCUAAGACGGGACGUAACUACCCAAACCUUCUGGAGUUGCCUACGGUACUGAACAUCGCGAAGGCACACUCUCGUACUCCAGCGCAGGUGCUCCUAAGAUUCUUACUGCAACAUGGGGUAGCUUGCAUCCCGAAAAGCACCGACCCGACUAGAAUCCAGCAGAACCUCUCCGUAUGGGACUUUGAGCUCAACAAGAAUGAAAUGCAAGAAUUGGCAGCUUUAGACCGAGGGGAGGACGGACGCAUCUGCGACUUCAUGUUCUUUGUAGGGGCAGAAAAACAUACCGAAUUCCCAUUUAAGAAAUAAUAGAAGUUAAACCGUAAAGUUGUUAUGUGUCACGGUCUAAUACAUUCGUGGGGAGGCAACUUAUAACAGGACAAUCAAAAUGCAAAAUAUUUCACCGAAAUAAAUGAUUUACUAAUAAGAA